CGCAGCGGAGCGGAGGUGGAUUGGCUGGAUUAAAACAGGACAUAUUAGCAGCAUUUAACCUUCAGUUACUCUUUAUGUAGUUAGGUAGGAGUCGUGUUUCUUUUUAGCUGAAAAACCUUACACCCAGAGAGACAGCCAGGUUCAUAAUGGAUAUAAGGAAGGCUUUUUCAAAAACAGGAGCCACAUUCAGUCCAAAGAGGGAGAGAGGAAAGAGGGGAACGUGAGGAGAAAGUACAAGGUCAGGAAGAACCAGAUCACCAUUGUGAUGAACCAGAAUGAACCCCUCAGUUUCUUGCACCGUCACAAUGAGGCUUUUUCCACCGAGCCUCUGAAAAACACUGGCAAAGGAGCUCCUCUGGGCUUUUACCACGUCCAGAAUAUUUCUGUCGAAGUUACAGAGUCUUUUAUUGAGAACAUCAAGAGCAAGCCCGUCGUGUUUGAAGUGUUCAGCCACUACCAGCAGCACCCGCUGCACCUCCAUGGCCAGGACGUGAACAGCAUCCAGGAAAUACUAUCCUAUUCCCAUCCGUUGCUUAGAAACUGUCCUGAGGAGACAGCUUCAGGAUCAAUGACAUGUCAUUCACACCAAUGAAGACGUGAGAUCUGAAUGGCAUCAGGCAAAGUUGCUAAGCUUGACAUCACAGACAACAACGACGGCACAGUUGCUGUCGAAUAUGCUCCCACAGAGGCCGGUCUGCAUGAGAUGGAUCCAUGCACAUCCCGGGAAGUCCCUUGCAGUUCUACGUGGAUUACAUGUGCCUAUGGCCCUGGCCUUAUCCACGGGACGGUCAACAAGCCAGCUGUCUUUACUGUUAACACCAAAGAGGCUGGAGAAGGUGGUUUGUCUUUUGUCUCUGGCCAUUAAGGGUCCAUCCAAGGCUGGACUGUGUGGACAACCAUGGCGGAACCUGCACUGUGUCUUACCUUCCAGUGCUGCCAUGAGACUGCAGCAUCCUUGUUAAAUACAAUGACAAACACACCCCAGGCAGCCCCUUGUCUGCUAGGAUUACUGCUAACAUCAGUGUAGACCAUCCAUGCAGCCUCUAAGAUGGCAGCCCAAACACUACAGUAAAGUAAUUCAUUUCCUGCUGGAUCUGGAGAUGUUCCAAGACUACAUACCUGGAAACAUUCUGAUCAGAUGCCCCAAACCACCUGCUUCUCCCCUCUCCUGCAGCUCAGCCACAAACCACAGCCCACCACAAUAUGAUAGAAAAGGUGCAUUUAUGCCAUUAGUGUGCCCUAGGAAUCACUGCUGGAUCUCUAGGUGACGAUUCCAUGAGGAUGUACCAUCUGAAGGUGGGCUGAGCUGCAGAUAUUCCACUGGACAUAGGAGAGCUUGACCUCAGCCAGCUGACAGCCUCUCUUACAACACCCUCGGUGCGAGAGGAGCCCUGCCUGCUGAAGAUGCUGCGUAACGCUCACAUUGGAAUCUCCUUUGUUUCCAAGGAGAUUGGUGAGCACCUUGUUAACAUCAAGAAGAACGGCCGUCAUGUUCCCAGCAGCCCAAUUGCUGUUAUGAUCAAGCAGUCAGGGAUUGGUGAUGUGAGCCGUGUGAGUGGACCGGGGCUGACCGAGGACAGGACCUUUCAGCCUGCAGAGUUCAUCGUGAUGCAGGUUGUUAGGCUGUCGAUAUCCUCCUACAGCGGCUGAGAUCCUUUGGUGUGAACAGGACUCUUCUACGACACUGUGGUGGCGUCUGCUGUCUUUUAUGCUGUGGUCUGCUGCAGUGGUGGAAUGGCAGAGAGGGACUGGGGGAAACUUAACAAACUGGUGAAGAGGCCCAGCUCUGUCCUGGACUGUCUGCUGAAGUUCAUUGAGCAGAUAAGCUAACAUCCAUCAUGGACAGCCCCUCCCACCCCUUGCAUGAGACUGUACGAGCACUGAGCAGCUCGUUCAGCAGAAGACUUUUACACCCACAGUGUAGGAAGGAGCGCUACCAAUUCAGUCAUUCUUACCAGCAGCUGUCAGACUAUAAUCCAGUUUAACAUGGUUAUCUGACUCAUCACCUGUUUAAUUAACAUAUCAAUGUUUUUAAUUGCUGCUGCUCACUUGCAGCUUGUUUGUACACUGUAUAUUUCACCAGGAUCAUUUCUUCUUCAUUUCUCCUUUUCUUCUUCAGUCUUCUUUUGCGGCUCUUUCACUGAAUUUUAGUCAGAGCGCGGUGAAACUUGGUGUUUGGUAUCGAUGAUAGCUCUGGAAGAUAGCUUGUGGUUCAGUUUUGUUUGUUUAGUGGACUUGUGUGCAUUUACGUAACAGCUCUUUUAAUCAUGGCUUCUUUUCGUUGUGUUUGGUGGUUGUAGAAAUGGUUUAUAUGAGAUUUUAGCUGAGAUGUGCCCACAGAGUGAAUGUAAAAUGCAAAUGAAGCAGUAGAAACAGUCUACGUCAUUUCCUGGAUGCUGUACGAAAAGUAACGGUAAGAAAUCGAAGGCGUGACCGUUAUGAUUUGUAAUAUAUUAUCUGUGUGUGCGCUGAGUAAGUCCUCUGUAAAAUGGCUGCCUGGCUGAACAAAACAGAGUGGGAUCAAGUUCGCCACAACUUGUUCUCCAGGGACUCCUCUCUGCAAAGGUUAGCCUUACAGAGGAUAUCGGCUUGGAGGGACAGGUGUCCCAAUAUCUCUAGUUCUGUGGCCAUUGACUGCACAGAGGCUCUGGUUCGCUGCCAGGUGCGUGACCGGUCCGGACCGCUAAAUGACGAAGAGCUGGCGCUAAUGUACGGGAUGGCCUUGGUGAGGUUUGUUAGCCUCAUCUCCGAGGGCAAAAAGAAGAGGAAGCCCCUGUCGCGUUCCUGGGUCUGUUGACCCAGCGUUUUGAGUUUUAGUUUAUUUUGAUGUUUAUGGUUUAUUUUUAAGUUCAUUAGGUUAUCUAAGCUUAUUUGUUUAUUUAGAUUCCCCUUGUGUCUUCUACCCCUGUGUUUUAGUCUCCUAUUGCCCUUUGUGUUUCAUGCUGCGUGUCUUAUGUUGUCAAGUUUAUAUUGUCUUGUCUGCAUCUCAUGUUUUCUGUUUUAUUUUGAAGGUCUGUGUCCUAUGUUAGUGUAGUCAGCUUUGCUUCCUUUGUCUCCUUAUGUCAGACCAGUGUCAGCUGUUUCCCCAUGUGUUUCCACUUCCCCUAAUCACCCUUGUCUGUUGUUCAACGUCAUGUUUCCAGGAUUUUCCAUGAUUAGGUUUUUUGCAAUGUUCAAGGUUUUGUUCUUUACCUUUUUGUGUUUAGCAUUUAGUUUUCCCAGUUUAGUUCUAGUUAGGUUCUUUCUUGUGUGCAUCUGCCUUUUUGUUUUUGUAGCUUUUUAUCAGCCAUAUUAAUCUGCUCGCUUUUUGUUGAUAGUCAAGUUUUGGUCCAAGUUCCUUCGUGUCUGCAUUUUGGGUCCGCUCUUCACUAUACAUACAGUCUGCCUCUGCCAGACUGUGACAGCCCCGGAUGAUGAGGAUCGGGGCUAAAAAGCUAAAGAUCCCAGUGUGGUUGGUACAUCUGAGGCACAGGGCCACUCACUGGACGACUCCUCCAUCCCUGAAGUCGUUGCGACAGGGAUGUGAGGCGGCGCUGGAGUGGCUCAAAGAAGAGCACUGGGCCAAGUAUAAGGAGACUGACCUCAAGCGGCAGGAAGGUGGCAUGUUAAAAAGAAUCAAAAAGUCUGCCUUGCAGUCCAGGAAUCAGUUGAUUGAUGUGCUGCUGGGGGAUGGAUUUCUGGUUCCUACAGUUGGGCAGCUGGAAGAAUUUGGCUGUGACACCUCAUACUGUGCCAGUCUCACUGAGCCCAGAUUGCCAAAAACGUUUCUGCGCUUUUGGCUGCCCCUGCUUAAGAUGGUCAGCUCACCAGCAUUUAUCCAAGUCUUCCUUGAGAAGCUCUUUGCGAAGCAGAAGCUGCUCACCAAAGAGCCCAAAGGUCACAGGGCUUUCUACAUUGCAGCCUGGAUUUCAGAAGUCCUCCUAUGCAAUAGGAAGAAAGGUGCCAGGAGGAAGCACAGGAUCUUUAGGAACCGGAUCCAGCUGAAGGGGUUGGACCUAAUAUCUUUGUGCCUGGAUGCCCCCUCCAUCAGCAUGCCUCACCUGCUCCAGUUAAUCCUGGAUGACAUGGAGCACUGAAAUCAAAAUAUAAAAAUAAAAUCUGUUCAGAGAUAUUAAUAAUGUUCAUAGUUGAUGUCUUUAAGUUGAUUAUUUCAUGUCACAUAUCGCCCUA